AAGGACUCUAACGAGCUGAAGGGGGUCACCGGAAAAAAAUCGGAAGGAAAAAAAAAUCCACUUGCCCGGACCAUCACCAACGAUACUGUGGCGCUCGAGCCCCAUGAGAACGAAGGCCCAUCGACUCCACUCUUCAAAGGAUUUAAUAACUAAACCGUCUUAACCCCCCCCCCCCCCUCGCUAAAAUGAAGGCAUUCAGCAUUGCAGUUGCAGUGACACUCGUGCUCGCCUUUAUUUGCAUUCUGGAGAGCUCUGCCGUCCCAUUCACCGGGGUGCAAGAGCUGGAGGAGGCAGGGAGCGAUGACACUCCAGUUGCGGCACAUCAAGAAAUGUCAACGGAAUCGAAGGCGAUGCCGGGUCACAUCAGGCCGAAGCGCGAGAGCCACCUCUCCUUGUGCCGCUGGUGCUGCAACUGCUGCAGGGCCUACAAGGGCUGCGGCUUCUGCUGCAGGUUCUGAGGUCGGCCGCAACCAACCACCAAAUAUUGAUUUAUUGCACUUUUCCCCCUUCGCCCCCUCUCCUCCUCCCCAAAUGACCUUUUUUCUCUUGACCUCUUCCUCCAAUGCGUCGCCUGUGCUACACUGUACACACGCACCACGUGACAGAAGGCGGUGUGUGGUUCACGGAGGUGGCACUGGGAAAAGAAAAUGUAUUUAUUUGAUAUGUGUUAAUACUUUCCCACUGAGAGUCUUUUUGUAAAGGGCAACGAUAUGUAAAUGCGUUUCUAAAAAUAAUCCACAUCUUCAUUUAAAUCGAGUGCAACGAGUUGAUAGACGGUGUUGAAUAAAUGAUGAACACUUUA